UUUUUUCGGGUUGCGACUGUAUUGUGACUGUGAAGGCUACUGUGUGAACACCAGGCGGGGGGGUUUCAAUUGACAAAAAAACAAAACAAAACCACAGAACAACAAUCACGAAAAACAAGCUCCCCCUCCCGAUUGUGUGCACACAUCCGGAAUCUCUUUUUACUACAUAUAUAGUUUUAAUUAAUUUAUUCUUAUGAUUUCUUAGUGGAUGUUUUACGCUAACACUCCGGGAGUGCAGAAAUGGCGGCCAACAUGUACCGGGUCGGAGAUUAUGUGUUUUUCGAGAACUCCUCCAGCAACCCUUACCUGAUCCGGCGAAUAGAAGAGCUUAACAAGACGGCCAGCGGCAAUGUGGAGGCCAAGGUAGUGUGCUUCUACAGAAGGAGGGACAUUUCGCACAGCCUCAUCCAGCUAGCAGACAAACAUGCAAAAGAGCUGGAGGAGGAGAAGGAGAACCCCCCGGAGACGGAGCUCACAGACAAACAGAAGCACCAGCUUCGCCACAGAGAACUCUUCCUCUCGCGCCAGUAUGAGAGCCUACCCGCCACGCACAUCAGGGGAAAGUGCAGCGUGGCGUUACUCAAUGAGACUGAAGCAGUUCUUUCAUACCUCGACAAGGAGGAUACUUUCUUCUACUCUCUGGUGUACGACCCGACACAGAAGACCCUACUGGCCGACAAAGGCGAGAUCCGAGUGGGGCCACGCUUCCAGGCUGACGUGCCGGACAUGCUUCCGGAGGCUGGCCAAGCAGACGACAGGGACCAGGCCAAACUGGAGGAGAAACUCUGGGAUCCUGACUGUCCGCUCACUAACAAACAGAUCGACCAGUUUUUGGUGGUGGCGCGGGCGGUCGGCACCUUUGCCCGGGCGCUGGACUGCAGCAGCUCAGUCCGACAGCCAAGUUUACACAUGAGCGCGGCGGCAGCGUCGCGUGACAUCACACUGUUCGACGCUAUGGACACGCUGCACCUUCACAACUACGACCUGUCGAGCGCGCUGAGCGUGCUGGUGCCGGCGGGCGGGCCUGUUCUCUGCCGAGACGAGAUGGAGGAGUGGAGCGCCUCAGAAGCGGCCAUGUUUGAGGAGGCGCUAGAGAAGUACGGCAAGGACUUCAACGACAUCCGACAAGAUUUUCUACCCUGGAAAUCUCUGAGCAGUAUCAUAGAGUACUAUUACAUGUGGAAGACCACGGACAGAUACGUGCAACAGAAGAGGCUGAAGGCAGCUGAGGCCGAGAGCAAGCUGAAGCAAGUUUAUAUUCCUACAUACAAUAAGCCCAACCCCAACCAGAUCUCGCUGACCAAUGGCAAGAUGGCAACCGUCAAUGGCGCUGGACCUGGAACCUUCCACGCGGCGGGCGGGGGCCGAGCCUGCGAGAGCUGCUACACGAUGCAGUCGGCCCAGUGGUACUCGUGGGGGCCCCCCAACAUGCAGUGCCGUCUGUGCGUGUCCUGCUGGAUGUACUGGAAGAAGUACGGCGGUCUGAAGAUGCCGAGUCGAGCCGAGGCGCCCGAAGAGAGGACCUCCCCAAGCCCAGCCGCUAACGAGCCACGUUCGCGUAGCCACGCCCCACGCCAGUCUAACCACAUUCCCAUGCGCAACAGCGGCAGCCCUAAGUCGUCCAUGAAGACCAAGCAGGCCUUCCUGCUGCAGGCUACGCGCCUCACUAAACUGGCGCGCCACAUGUGCCGCGACGUCAUCAGGCUGCGCCGUGCCGCGCGCCGCCCCUUUGUACCUAUUAACUGCGGCGCCAUAAAAGCAGAGUAUAUCACAAGGGCGUCUGAAGGUCACGGGACACGCCUCCCCAAGAUCCGAGCGGCGCAACGGAGCACUUUGACCAGCGUGGUGCAGUUCCUCGAGUCUCGUCCGGCGUCCCAGGCCCCGCGUUCGCACCGCACGGCCGGCCUGCAGACACCGCCGCCGCGUCGACUCCUGUCCUCGCUGCCGCACGGGCCCCAUGGCAUGCUGGGAAAGCGAAGCUUUCAUCAUCACAAUAGAGGAGCGGAGUCUGACAGGCGCCCAGAGAAUCCGGGAACCACAGGUGGCGCUCUAAUGCAUAACGGACGCAGCAGCGGCAGCGGAAGCACCCGCGGAGGCGUGAUGAUCCGCAAGAGACGCCCCAACUGGAUCGACGCCCCUGACGACAGCUUUUUCCUCGUCACCCGGGAGACCAGGAGAGCGAGGCGUCUGCUGUCACGCUCGCAGCUGCGGCACGCUUGUAGACAACCAUGUGAGCAGAUCACCUUGCGAAGAGCAUCCCAGGCGCCUCCUCCGCAGGGGCUGGUAUUAGGGCCUCCGCACCCGCACCCCAGCUUGAGGAUGCGGGGCCCCAUCGUCAUCCACGACUGAACGACACCGCCAUCUUUUUCUCUCCUAACGUCAAUGAGCCGCCAUGCAAUAGCAACACCUGACCCGACAUUUUUUUUUUAGGUAAAACCAAUCGAGUUGUACCACGUAAAUUAUCGGCGGUUUAAUCCGUCAAUGUGCACGAGUGUUUUUUAGUGGAUGGACGUAAGAAGUUUUAGUCAACUGUGACUCGUGAUGUUGGUUUGUAUCAUGUUUUUUGUUUUGAAAAACGGACAAAUAGUUGAUUCAUUGGCUGCCAUUGACAGAAAUGAGCGUCUAAUCCAUUUGAGCUGGGUUUGCAGAGAUUAAAUUGAUUAAUUGUAUGUCUAUUGCCGUCAAUGGCAGUAAAUGGUUAGAAGACGUAGGAAAUGGGUUGACUUGAAGUAGAAUAUUGGAUUUGAAAUCAGUUAAAUUUCCCUUUAAAUUAAAAAUAAUGAUAAUAAAAAAACUCAUCUUCAGGCAGGUUGUGUUUAAAUAUGUACUAUAGGACAAAAUGACCAGUGACAUCAUUUGCAUUAGCCAUCAUACAGUCGAUAAUGCUUGCAUUUACAAAUUUAAAUUUUGAAUUCAUUCGCGUUUUUUCUUUUAAAUCACAAAAAAAUGUCGACUUACAUGUCAAUAACACUGCAAGCUAGUGCACUCAUCUUUUCCCUGUCUUGGCCAGUUUUUAUUUUUUUUAAUUUGCAGACUAUAAAAAAUGUUACAGUAAUAAAACGGGGUUCCAGAUUUACCUUAGUUUAUUUUUUUAAUUGAUGAAAUUGUUUCAUCAAAAAAAAAAAAAAAAAAAAAAAAAAAAAAAGGAAACAAUAUCAGGCAUGAUUUUGAGUUGACCACAAUGGUCCUGUGAUUUCUUCAUUGAGAAUGUGUUUUCUUGUCUGUAUGUCACGUGUUAAACUCUGAAUAUGCCGAUGACGCUCAUAAUAAAACAAACUCCCAUCAUCUCCCUCAGGAUCUAUUUUUGGCCUUUGGACCGUGCUCCCGAAAUAGUUUUCCUGCAAAUGAGAAACAGAAGGAUAGGGUGAGAACCUGAAAUAAGUGUAAGCUUUCGCCACGAUUGCUGAAGAAAAUGGUGUUUUCUGCAGUCACGCUUCUGGAACUGCUGAAAAAUGUGAGUGAGACCAGAAGUUGGAGCAGCAAAAUUGCAUUUUUUUAAAGGAUUAAAUAGUAUUUCAAUAAUGUUAAAGAAAGGAUUUUUUU